AUGCCGAACAUCAACUUUAGUGCGCCUGUCAUCCGCCUCGGCACAUCAGGAUCGCAACGCGGCGGCAACCUAGACAGCCUUGCCGGCCGGCGCGAUGGCGGGACUCCGCUCGCACGACGCGGAUUGGGCAUGGACGACCGAGACGGCAGGCGCGAAGACGCGAGGCCUCUACAUCCUCCCACGCGCGAGGAGAUUGCGCGCACCAUUUUCGUCGGCAACAUUCCUCCUGCGCUCGGCGAUGCUGGCAUCGAGAGGAUCUUGGAAACGGCUGGAGCUUUCACUAGGUUCACGCGCGCAAAGGAUGCGAACGACAAGGUCCAGACAUUUGGUUUCGCUGAAUACGGGGAUGCUCAGAGCUUGCGCACUGCGACGGAGCUCUUCCAAGAUGUUCAGGUUCCCACGAAGCGACAGACUCCCGGUGAAAAGAAGGAUCGCAACGAGGUCGAGACAACCAAGUUGCAGAUCGUGAUUGACGAUGCUUCAAUCAAGUACGCCGAAGAUUGGACCAAGAACGAGGACGAAGAACAAAUGCAGUUCCGACUAGACUCUGCGAAGGAAGCCCUUGAUCAAGUGCUGACGCAGCUGUUCAACCCGCCGGAUACUCCACAGGCAGACGCCGAGGAUGCUAUGAUGUUGGAUAUCAAGAACGAGGACAAUCCUGAUAUUGUCCAGAUUGACAUCGCAGCCAGCGGCGAGGAUGAUCUUUCGGAUAUCCCCGCUGAGAUGCGUGAGACCGUGGCAGCUGAGAUUGCUGCUUUCCGUGAUCGCUCAAACCAGCGCGAUUUGGAGCGACUACGCAAAGAGGAAGAAGAAAGCGGAGGACGAAGUAGCGUGGCCGGAGGCGCCAAUGGAGUCCCCGUCGGACCGCGUGCUGAUAGGGGUGUUCAGGGCGCACCCAGCGGGCCCAAGGGCUCGCAGUUCCCCCGAGACUACCAGGGCAACAUGAAGUUCAUCAACGGCGAAGCGAUGAUCAACGGCGGCUUCAUCAAACGCGAAGAUGACGAUGAUUCCGCCAGUGACUCCGAGCUUGAAGAGCGCCGCAAGAAGAAGAAAAAUGCCGAACUUGAUAGAGAAUAUGAGCGGGAACUUAGAAGCUGGCUCAAGCGAGAAACCCAACAGACCUCGGCCCUUGAGCGGACACAUAAUGCCUUAAAGAACAAGGAGGCCGAAGAACAGAAGGCUCGCGAGGCAAUGGGUGCCUAUCUUAAAAACUUUGAUGACGAUGAAGAAGAGGCACGCAAGCACGAACUCUUCUAUCGUGAUCAUGGCGCCUACAUGCGAGAACGACAGAGGUAUCGUGAGCGGGAGGAGCGGGAAGAUGAUAUUGAUCGAGACAUUGAAAAUAGCGAGAUGGCGACGAGGCAGAAGCAGAAGGCCGAUGCGCGCGACCAGGCUAAUGCUUUCCUCGACGCACAAGCCGAAGAGAUGAUGCGUACCCGGACAACUCGCGAGCAACAGGGCAGCUUUAAGAUCUCCCUCGGCGCUGCUGCAAAGAAGCUUGACCAGAAGGCCGCACCUCGUCGUACGGCUGCCGAUGUCGAGAACUUGCUCGAAGACGAGGAGACUGCCGACCCGGCCGACACCACGAAACGCAAGCUCAUCCCGAUCAAUUUCGACGCAGCAGUCCGUGCCAACCUUACUCAAGAAGAGGUCGAGGAGGCACAGAAACAGCUUGCCCGCGAUAUUCCGGCCGACAAGGAUGGCCUUUGGAAAUGGCCAGUUUCUUGGGAACAUCUGCCUGAUAAGAACAUUGACGAUGAUAUUAAGAGGUGGGCUGGCAACAAGGUGCUUGACCUGCUUGGUGUUCAGGAAGACAUGAUUGUCGAUACCAUUGUGGAGCAUCUGCGGAGCCACAAUGGUGCUCAAGCUUUGGUGGAGAACCUCGAACCGGUUCUCGAGGACGAAGCCGAAAGCCUGGUCAAGAAGCUCUGGCGUAUGGUCAUUUACUACAGCGAGACGGAGAAGCGGGGUAUCAAAUAA